AUGAUAACCCUGGAUGAUGACUUUUUUGAAGAAUGUUCUCUCCUUAAGAGUAUGUUCAUUCAUCGUGGCUACCCAGAAUCUCUCUUGGAUAAUCUUAUUAAUGAAGUAGAAGCUAAGAGAUUAGAUAAAGUGUACAUGCCACUUUUGAAGAUCGGAAGUGCCCCUCCUCUAUCUAAUUGCAGUGGUGCAGUUGAGAAUCUGAUGCGAAGCUCCACUACUCAGAACUGUGGAGGUAAGGAAGCAAAUUUAAGCUUUAUUACCACUUAUACUUUACAUAGUAACUCAUCUAUUAGAGUAUUGCAGAAAAAUUGGGAAUUAUUUAAAACUAAUUCCAACAUGUAUGCUAAACUAGGUGAUUUUCCUAGUGUAACCUUUAGAAGAGCGAGGAACUUGAAGACCAUCUUAGAACAAAAGAAUGCUCCUAUUGUCCAUUUUAAUGGCAUGAAAAAAUGUGAAAGCUGUAACUACUGUAAAUUUGUGGACGUGACCAACAGUUUUAACAUCAAUGGCUUACAAUAUAAACUCAAGGAUGAAUUCAACUGUAAUUCCAGUUUUGUUGUUUAUCUAGCUAGGUGUAGAUUGUGUCCUGCUUUCUAUAUAGGAAAAAUGGAGCAGAGGCUCUGGGACAGGAUAUAUGGACACCAAUAUGCGAUCAUUAAACACAAACUGGAAAAUGCUUUAGCUAAACAUAUUUCCACCAACCGAGAACAUGCUUUCAGUUUUAUCAUUAUAGAUCAAGUCAAGUUUGACAGUAGGGUUGGGCCUAGACCCUUGAAAUUAGAAGAGCUUGAGCUAACUUGGCAAGUUAGGCUUAACGCCUGUAAUCCACCUGGUUUGAAUGAUUCUUGUUCCAUUAGUAGUAUCUUAAAACUAAAAAGUUUAAAGAGCAUUUGCUUCAGGAAAUAUUUCGUUGCAGGAAGGAGGGUCAGAUGGUUUGACGAAGGUUGGAUUUAUGAACUGUUAUUUUUAAGUGAGAAAACAGUAAAUGUAACAUGCCCUUAUGAAAACACAGGAGUAAAAGAUGAAGGAAACCAGACUUCCUUUUUUCUCCAGAGAGGAGGUCUCAAAGGAGCAACCAUUGUCGAUGCCUUAGACACACUUUAUAUCAUGGGACUGGACAAGGAGUUUGCCAUAGGAAAAGAGUGGGUGGAAAAAAACCUUGACCUUAACAUGAACGGUGAAGCAUCUCUGUUUGAAGUGAACAUUCGUUAUAUUGGAGGAUUAAUAUCAGCAUUCUAUCUAACAGGGGAGGAGGUCUUCAGAAGAAAAGCUAUAGAACUGGGAGAGAAGCUGUUACCGGCAUUUUCCACGCCGACUGGCAUUCCACGGGGUGUCAUCAACCUUGGGAAUGGCAUCAGCUGGAGCUGGGGCUGGGCUUCAGCAGGAAGUAGCAUCCUGGCAGAGUUUGGUUCGCUGCACCUUGAAUUUGUGCACCUCAGCAGGCUUUCAGGAAACCCUGUGUUCAAGGAGAAGGUCAUGAAAAUACGGAAAGUUCUAAACAAAAUUGAAAAACCACAUGGCCUUUAUCCUAAUUUUCUCAGUCCUGUCACUGGGAACUGGGUUCAACAUCAUGUGUCAGUUGGAGGGCUUGGUGACAGUUUCUAUGAAUAUUUAAUCAAAUCGUGGUUGAUGUCCGACAAGACGGAUCAAGAAGCAAAAAAAAUGUAUUCUGAUGCUAUAGAGGCAAUAGAACAGAACUUAGUCAAAAAGUCACCUGGUGGUCUCACCUACAUUGCGGAGUGGAGAGGUGGAAUCUUGGACCACAAGAUGGGCCAUCUUGCAUGUUUCUCAGGUGGGAUGAUAGCCGUGGGAGCAGAAGCAGCAGCUGCUGACCGGAAGCAACAUUACAUGGAUCUGGCCAAAAGUAUCACUGCAACCUGUCAUGAAUCUUAUGCUCGCUCAGACUCCAAGCUGGGCCCUGAAGCCUUUCAUUUUGUUAGUGGAGCUGAAGCCAUGGCAACAAGACUGAGUGACCGAUAUUACAUCCUGCGACCGGAAGUGGUGGAGAGUUACAUGUACAUGUGGAGAUACACACACGAUCCCAAGUACAGGCAGUGGGGCUGGGAAGCACUGCAGGCAUUGGAACAGUACUGCAGAACAGAAAGCGGUUUCUCCGGUAUUCGAGAUGUGUAUACCACAGUACCAAAUCAUGACAACAUGCAGCAAAGCUUCUUUUUAGCAGAGACAUUAAAGUAUCUCUACCUUCUGUUCUCAGAUGAUGACCUCCUCCCUCUUGAUGACUGGGUGUUUAACACAGAAGCCCACCCCUUACCUGUGAUACGCAGGACUGCACGAGGAUAAUGCACCAGUCAAAGUUGUCUUCAGCUGUGGUGAUGGAAUCUGCCUUUGUCUGGUGUUGAAAGAUGGCUGACAUAUUUCCUUUCUAGUAAAGGGCUUUUUGAUGCAGAAAUUGUGCUGUGCAUCAGUUCUCCACUAGAGGGCAGUGUUGCCUGGAACAUGAACUCAUAAACUGCUUCCUUUUCCUCUGUGAGGAGGUUCAGUGGUCUAAUAAGAGGUUACUGUUUGGGGAGAGUGUUGGGGGGUUAGGGGGCUUACAGCAAAAUGAUUACCUGCAUUGGCAUUUCCAGGCCUACGGCUGAAAUUAUGCUUUAUGAGUUAAUAAUCGUUAAUUUUUGUUAAGCUUCAAGCCUUUGAGCCAUUGAAAACUCUAUUCACAAUCAUUUUUUGUUAAAUGAGAAAUGAAAAAAUGCAGGAAGACUAGGAAAUCGUGUCACUGUGUUUCUUUAAUAAAAAUAUAUAUACCACUUAAAUGUAGGCAGACAACAAGGAUACUUACUUGUUUUUGGAAGCAGAAAGUAAAAUAAAUAUACAAAACAGAAGUCUUGCAUAUACUUAUGGCAUAGAAGACGUCUACAGUGCAUUGACAGUCCUAAGCAUGUCCUGCAAACUCAAUUGAUCAAUGCAAGCUCUGAGGGCUAUAUAAAUAUGCUGUCUCAGUUUAUAGAUCCCACAGAUUUAGCCAGAUUACAGUUUGUAUUUGAAAAUAAAAUACAAAAACAAAUAAAGGAAACAAAUUAUAGAAUUGUAACUGUAGAGUUCAUUGGGAAUAAUAGCUGACUAAUGCACACGUUCACAUUGUUUCACUUCCUGAUGCCUAGUUUCCUGCAUUUUCUGCAUUUUUAAUUAUUAUUUUAUUAUUUUUCAUUUUUUUCACUGAUUGAGUAAUUGGGACCCUACUGUGGUAUAUGAAGGCAGGAGUGGGCUCGAUGAAUGACCUAAUUCAGUGGCAAAUGUAACAAGUGUACAGUAUCGUGCAGUGUGUAUUUAGCAUUAACGUUUGCUAAGUUACUAAUCAGAAUCUUAAAACAAUUUUAAAAAAUUGCAAAGCCAUGUUUACCAAUGAGAGCAGCAUACAGUAAAAGGAUUCACAGCACAUAAUAAAAGUGAACUAAAGGGAUCAA